ACUCACCCAAGCUUCCCAGGACAUCGUGCUCGCUCUCCCCUUCUCUCCCGCCAGCUCCUCGUUCCCCGAGAGUUCUGCCUCUCGAGUUUCUGCCCUCCACCAGGCAGGCUUCCCCUCUGCCCCCACACAAACUCUCUUUCCCUGAGGACCCUCCAGACCCCCCACCCCCACCCCAGCUUCCUUGUGCACCAUGCCCAGGCCUGUCCUGGCUGUCCUGCUUCUGGCUGCGGCCUCCCUGCCCCUAGGCAGUUUCCUGAGCUGCUUCUCCUGCUCCAAACCCACAGCCUUGUCUCUCUGUACUAACGUAGCCAACUGUUCAGCUGCAGAGGGAUGGUGCAAAACCACACUGCUGUCUCUGCAAACAGGUUAUCCCUUCAUGGAGGAGAAGACAGUUCAGCGAGGGUGUGCGACCUCCUGUAUCCCCACAGAUCCUGAUGCCAUUGUAGAAUUUCAGCCCAUACUCUGUUGCAACACUGACCGCUGUGUUGGCAAUGGUGCCCCGGUGCCCCAAGGAUCUGGUCUUAUCCUGACUGGAUUCCUGUCUAUCCUGCUCAGUGCUGGCUGAUGAGGGUAGGGGAGGUCAGGGUCAGACUGCUACCCACUUUAAAUAAUCCCUGUCCAUCCCUGAAAGCCUGAACCUAGGGAUUUAUACCAGCUGCCUAAGAUGAAGCCACUAGAUCAUGGUGGGGGGAGGGAAGAGAGGAAUGGAAGAAAAAGGAGAUUUGGCCAUUUCCUGGAUGCUCCGGAUUGCUCUGCCAGAAAGACAUGGCCCGUUUCCUCAGAGGAAGCCUAGUCAAGAAGCAGCCAAUCUGAGGGGAAGACUAGUUUUUUGCCCUGGGGGAGCCUCUGGUUUGAGGGAGAAACAAUGUUUGUGUUGUCAGGAAAGAAUGCUAGAGAGAAAGGAAAUCAAUGACAAACCUGACAGCAAAACUACCGAAUAGUCACAAAUAUAUUUGAAUUUCAUACCUUUUACGUUUGUCACCAGGGAGAAAAACAAGGCCAGCCCUAUCAUAUAGAAAUGUUUGAGAUUCUGAAACCAACACGGCUUACAAUAAUCCUAGUCAGCCUUUGAAAUCUGAGAGCAAACAGAAGCCCAGUUCAAUGAGCUUGCUAAUUAUUCUUUCUGGUUCAUGACAUUGGCCGUGGCUAGGGAUUGCAAGCAUCUCCAGGACAGGGAAAAUGCUUUUCUUUUCUGCUCAACACCCAACAGAGGAUCCCAAGAGCUGAAAAAUUAAUCAAGUGGGAACUGAAGAUUAAUUAAUCAGGGGCUUGCACAGAAAUCUGAAUAUAGGAGCCUAGGAAAAGUAUUAAAGCUCUUUUCACACACAAUCCUCUCUUGUGUGUUAGGGUUUCUUUUAGGAUUAGUCAAAACAUAAUGCCCUCUUUGAACUCAGACUUAGUGAUUUGAGUGGCCCAGAUAGAGAAGCCUGCCUGCCCCCAUUCCCACCCUAAAGCCUCUGCCCCACUGUCACAGUGCCUGAGAUCCACCAUCAGAGCAUUUUUACUUUGAACUCAUGAUCUGUUAGAAAGAGCACUUAGAUGGGAAAUGGAAUAACCAAGCUCACAGUACUGAUAACUGACAGAACCAAGACUCAGAACAUAGGAACACAAGCUCUUGCAGGCACACUCUUGCUUUUGUCUUUUUUUCCCCAGCAUCUGAAAAAUAGUAGGCAAUUAAUAAAUACAAAUUGAAUUGAACUGAA